GACGCGCAGGCGCAGCUGCGGCAGCAGGAGGCGGCCGCGCGGCGGGCCGCGCAGGAGGCCGAGGCGGCUGCCCGCGCCGCGGGGGCGGCCGUCCCGGCGCUGGAGGCGCAGGUGGCCGAGUUGAGGCGCCAGAUGGCCAGCGCGGACAAGCGAGCGCGUGACGCGGCCGCCAAGGAGCAGGAGGCCACUCUCGGCGACGUCCGCGCGGAGAUGGAGGCGGAGCUGGAGACCAUCCUGAGGAAGAAGGAACCGGGCGCAGGAGGGAGGAGAGGCUGGCGUCCAGCGAGCGGGCCCGCCUUCAGGCGAGCAGGGAGGCGGAGGCGGCGAAGGCGGGCGUGGAGGAGCUCUCGGCCCGGGCGGACGAGCUGCGCCGCGCCGGCGAGGGGACCGCGGGCGACCACCGGAGGACGCUCGAGACUCUGGCGGAGAAGCACAGGCAGCAGCUGGAGGACCUGGAGGGGCGCCUGGCGCUGGAGGAGAGCCGCGGUCGCGCGCGGCGGGCCCAGGCCCAGGUCUGGGGGCCGGCUUCCCACCACUACGAGGCUGGGCUUCCUGUCGGCCUCCAGGGCGGACAAGCUCUCGGGCGAAGAAGUGGUGCAGCUCAUCAGCCUCCAUCGGAAGAUGGUCAAUCAGGCCCAGGCCAACCAGGUGGACCGCCACAUCAAGCAGCUGGAGAAGAAGCUACAGCACGAUUUCGGUCAGUAUUCUAAGUGGUCAACCUGGCUCGCCGACAAGAAGGAGUUCAUUGGGGAGGUGCGGCGUGAGCUGGCGGGGGAGAUGCAGAAGUACUACGGGCUGGUCGAUCAGCUCCGGGCUCAAGUUUGUCCAGCUCCUGCCACGCCACAGAAGCCCCGCCUCGCCCUCCAGGACCUCCUUGAUGAGUCCAGCGACCUCCUUGACAUGGGCAGUGUCGAUGAUAUUUUCGGGGUGGACGGCUCAGUUUACGAGGUUCAGGAGUCCGACGCCCAGGAGCUUGAGAAGAGGACCGCGCAGCUCAAGGAGUCUAAACAGAAGGCCGCUCGGCAGCUCUUCGGCGAGGCCCAGCGGCACUUCAAGAAGCUCAAGGAGGAUCACGCCAAGCACAUCCAGAAUAUGGGUAAGAAGCGCAAGGUCGGUACUUCAGGUGAAGCUGCGGCGGCGACACCUGAUGGUUCAGCGGAGUCCCAGGGCGAGGCCCAAGAUCAUGCUGGAGACGGAGGACACGGGGCGCUAAAGAGGGGAUGUAAGGCUCGGUUCGAUCCUGCGGCCCGCACGUCGGCGGGAGGCGCCUCGGGGGGUGUCGCGAUGUUGGUUGGCUCCUUCCUUGGUUUUCACGGCCCCGAGUUCGGUCAGAUCGUUGUUCCGUCCAGGGGCGCGAGUGGAAUCGUUCAGGUUCCAGGGGCUCCGUCGAUCCUGGUCUCGUCGGUCUACCUCUUCGAUAGCGAUGACCUCGCUGACAGGAAUCUCGAGCUGUUGGCGGCCGCGUCGGCCGGGCAUGGUUCGUUUGAAGGUCCGAACCUGAUCGGGUGCGACUUUAACAUGACGUCCGAUGCAUCGGUUACCUCUGGGGUUCCUGGAUAUCUUAAGCCUAACGCAAUUUAUCAUGAUAUCGGCACUUGUACCAGUACUGGGGGCUUCAGGGCUCUCGACUACUUUAUGAUAUCAUCAGGCUUCAGUCGGUGCAUCCAGGAGGUUCCAGCGGCCCCGGGCAGCGACGUCAAGACGCACGCGCCCGCGCGCAUCUUCUUUUGCCUGGAGUUGGCCGCGCUCAAGGCCCUCACUUUCCUCCGUCCGCCCAAGCUGCCAUCCGAGCGCCCCGUCGGGCCAGCGCAGUGCUCGGGGGGCCGCGCCGCAGUCUUGGAUUGCGCCCGAGUGGGGCGCGAGUUGAUAGACGUCGAGCUACAAGGGCCAGACCGCCGUCUUCAUGGCGGCAAGUUCGCGUGGCGAUCGGCGCCAUGUACCUCUUCUCUCUGCCGCGUAGGUUGGACCAUGCCCAACGACGCGCAGGUGGCGAGCGAUCUAGGUGCGCCCCACUUCCUCACUACCUCGUCCCCCAAGCUGAUCAAUAAUAUGUUGCGCGAGGGAGUGGUCCGGCAACUGUGCCGUCUUUCGGGCGAGAAGCUCGGGCUCGGCGCCAGAUUGUGCCACGAUUCUUUGAUCCGCGACCUCAGCAGCUCCAAGUUUACGCCGUUUGAGAAGGGCUUGGUCAGAGCUACUGUGCGCGGGGCCUGCUGGACCAAAGAGAGAGCCGUCCAGUGUGGGUGCCAACUCCAGGACACGCGUUGCGCUUUGUGCCAGGGGCCCUCGGAUUCGGCAUUUCAUCGGCUGCGGGUUCGCCCCGACCCAGAGGUCGCGGAGCUCAGACAGGAGAUUGUGGACAGGACUGCGUUGGAGGCUGACCAGGAGCUUGACCCCGCGUCGUGCUCCAUGGAGGAGGUCGCCCCCGCGGUCGUCUGGGAGGGCGACCCUGAGCACUCCGACGAGCAGCUGUUCUCUGGAGGUUCGGCAUUCAUGGAUUGGUCCUGUGAGAAGCAUCUGGAGGCCCACGCGGCCGAUUCGGAGGGCCUUUCCCCCGAAGAGCGAUUCUCUAAGAUUGGCAACGACGAGGCUGAUCGCUCAGCCAAGCGCGGGGCCGCGGCGCACCCCAAGCCUUCUCCUUCACAAGCCGACAAGCUGCUGUGGCAGCUGAAGGUCUCCCGCACGGUCUCGCGUCUGGCCGCCAAAUGUGCGAACGAUCAGAUUUCGAUAGUUUGCAACCGCUGCAAAACGUUCUCGACCCUCGGCCACUUCAAGCAGCUCCGCAACGAGUGCACGCGUCCACUCGCCAAAGCGGCGGAGUAUUGGUCCAGGGUCAAGCAGGGCUGGCAUCCGAAGGAGAAACUUCGGGUGGAAGCGGCCCCCAUCAGAGAGUGA